CGCAUUCCGGUCACGGCCAGACCAAGACACAAGCAGAAGCGCCAGACAAUGAUGAUCCAUCAUGAAUUCGGCUUCAUGACACCUCAAAGCUUCUUCUAUUACUCCCAAUACUAAGUCCGCCCCUGUUUUAACCUGGGUCCUAGCUCAGGAUGCCACUCCACCUGCUAGGUAAAAAGUCCUGGAACGUCUAUAAUGCCGACAACAUCGCGCGCGUCCGUCGCGACGAGGCCGCCGCCAAAGAUGCGGAAGAGGCAGAGGAGCAGCGCAUGCAAGAGAUUGAUGCGCAACGUCGACUAGCCAUUCUACGAGGCGAAGCUCCUCCCCCUAUCGAAGAUGUCGAACCGGCCAAGACCCACGAGUCCCCUGCGGGUAAAACACCAGGCGCCUCACACUCGGGCGGCAUGCGACGGAAACGAAAGCGGCCGGAUGAAGACGAUACCCAAUUUGAGCUGCGAAUAGCUAGAGAGAAGAACGAAUUGGCUGUGACCGCUUUUGAGCCGGAGCGCAAAGCAACAAGCACGGCGCCGAUUGUUGAUCAUGCCGGCCAUAUCGACCUCUUGGGGGAUGCAAAGCUCAGAGCGCAUGCCGAGAAGAAUGAAGAAGCAGAAAGGGAAGCCAAGAAGAAAAAACAGAGCUUCGAAGAUCAAUACACGAUGCGAUUCUCCAAUGCCGCGGGAAGGGAUGGCAUUUCAAACCCGUGGUACUCGCAGUCCGAACCAACCGCACAAGAAGCGCCACUCAAGAACGUCUGGGGUAGGGAGGACCCGCAACGUAGGGAGCGAGAUACAAAGCGUAUUGUCGCCAGUGACCCGCUGGCGAUGAUGAAACAGGGUGCGUCCAAGGUUCGGGAGCUGAAGAAGGAGCGCAAGCAAUUCCAAGAGGAGCAGGCUGGGCAGUUGAAGCAGCUUCGCCGGGAGGAGCGCCAGCGGGAGAAGCGCCGGAGGGGACAUGAAGAAAGUGAAGAGAGGAGGGACAAGGAUGGGUCCUCUCGGCGAUCAGACUACAGGCAUCGCUCAAGGGAGAGGAGGUAUCAUGACAAGGACAGACAUGACAGAGAUGAGUCGAAGGAUUGGAGAAAGAAAAGACAUGGGCACCAUGAUGACCGGGAUGAAUCAAGAGACGAUAAGAGUAGAGAAAGGAGAAGGGAAAGUGAUGAGCGGCACCGAAGACGGGACUCCCGUUCACCCGCGCGAGACGACAGCGGGAGACAUCGGAGAUACCGAUCUAGAGAUUGAAGUCGGAGAUGCCGGCCCAAAGAUUGAAGCCGUGAAUAGCUUAUCAGAUACCCCCAAACUGAAAUUCAAGUCUAUGAAAAUCGAU